AUGGUUGAUUUUGAAAAUGCUUGUGCUGAUUUAGGAUUAGAACUUGAACUUGAGUUUGCUGGGUUCUUAAACUCUUUAGAACUGAGUAACGAAAAACUCACUGGUUGUACAUGCCUUGGGGGUGGUUGUGAAAUUUGUGAAGAAAUCAGUUCUGCCAUAUGUUCUGCUUCUAACUAUUUUGCAGGUGCCAAGGAAGAGAUCAUUAUGUUCAAGCUGGAUGGAAAUGACCCUGAUGAGGUAGCUAGUGAUCAGAGAACACAGGUUUAUUCUGAACUUAGCAUUCCCAUAGAGUUCUCUAAGGUUCAAUAUGAAUUUAAUGCUUUGGAUCUGUUUAAAGUUGAACCCAUAGAACCUACUCUAGAUUAUGUUCCUGUUAUGCCUGCACACACUCAUAUUUUAGAUUCAGCCUUUUCCAUUGAAAAUAUUGACAUGCCUUAUGCUGUUUCAGAGUUAUGCACUGGUUUUGACAUUAUUCCAGUUGAUGAUAGCUUCACAGUAGGUGUUCAUUUAGCUGCUGAUUUGAUAGAUGCUAGUGAGGUCAUUUUUGAGGAACCAGUCCAGGUUAUGAUGGAGACACAUGCUGACUUCGAAUUCAGUGAUGGCAUUGCAGAAUUAAACAAAGAGGAAGCUGCAGAGACAAAGGCAACCCUGGUGGAGGCAAUAGAUGGUGUCAAUAUUGCUAAAGGAGUCUUGAACGUGCAGAAGCAAUUGAAAAAUUUGAAUGGAGAACUGCAGUUACUGCAACAAAUGCCUAAGCAGGAGAACUUCAAUGCAGCCAUGGAGACAAUACACAAAGGAGCUGAGCACAAUGGAGAAAAUCCAAUAAGCUCUUUCUUUUCCCUUCUUUUAAAUAGUAGUUACAGGUCUUUUAUAGUAGUUUACAUAGCUUUAAGUAGCAUAAUAAAUAGUAGGAUAGAUAAUAUGUUGUUUUUCAUAAAAAUAAAACGAAUUAACUUUGAUUUGUGGCCAAUCUGAAUAAGUUCUUUUCCUCUUUAGUUUUAUAGUUUUACUUUUAAGUCUUGUUUCUAUUCUUGUUCAGUUGUUGUUCUUUUUGUGUUUUUCAGUUUCUAUUCUUGUACAUAUUUGUUGCUGUUUGAUUUGAGUAUGUUUUUGUUGAUUAGAAAACCUUACUCACUCACACAUUGAGGGCAAUGUGCCUCUUAAGUGUGGGGGUGAGGGGUUGUAGUUAAAAUUUUUGCUUUUACUUUGAUAGAUGUGUUUAGUAUCUGUUUUAGUAAUAAAAUAGGGGUAUUUUUUUUCUGAACUGUUUUUCUCUUAGUUUAGGUCUGGUUUGGUUUAUAAAUCCCUAGAGUAGUUUACUAUUCUUUCUUUAGUCUGUAAAUACUUACUCUUGUUACUGAUCUGUUUUAGUUUAGUUGUUAGUUUUGUUGAUAAUAGUUCUUAGGUCUUUUAAAGUUCAUUCAUUUUCUGGUUUAUGUUGUUUUAGCUUAGGUUCUUUUACUGUUUUUUUUUUUUUUGUUAAAGAACUUCUUUUAGGUCCCUUUUUCUUUGCUUAUUUCUAUUAUUUUCUCCUCCUUUGUAGUUACUUGUUCUGUUUUAAGCUCUUGAUUAGUUUCAUGCUUUGUAUCAAGUUUUCAAUUAGGAUUUUCUUUUCAUAAUUAGUUUCUAUUUUCUUUCUGCUACUGUUUGUAAAAUUUUCUGAAUUUAGUUUGUCAAUACUUAGUUUUUUAUGCUUUUAGAAUAUGUUUUAGGCUGUAGGAUUAGACUUUAUUUUUGCUUAUAGUUUCUGUAAUUAGAAUUCAUAUUAGAAUUUCCUUUCUCUGCUUAUAUUCUUGCCUUCUAUUUCACGAAUUAGAUACUCUUUAAUUUCUGUUUUAGCAUUUGUUUCAGUUUUAUUUUACCUUAUAGGUUCUGUUCUGAGAUUUUAAUUUCUGAGUCCUGUUCUGGUUUUCAGUAAUUUUCUAGGAUCUCUUCCAUUCAUUGUUACUGUUAUGAUUUUCUUAGUUUUUUUUUCUCUUUUAAAUUCGAGUCUGUUUUAGUUUAGCUAGGUUCAGAGUUAACUCUUUGAUUGUUUUUUCCUUUUACUGUCUUUCUGUUCUAGAAGCGUUUUAGAUGGGAGUUGGUUUAGGUUAUGUUUAGAGUUCUUUCUUUCUUCUUUUGCUGUUUUCUUUCCAGACUUGUAAUUAGGAUUUGUUAGCUUAAUAUCAUUCUGCUUUAGAUGUCUCUUUUGCUGUUUUACUUUGUAGAGCUUUAGUUGAGAUUCUUUCUGGUUGCAUUCUGUUUAGUUUUACUUUGUCUAGGUUGUAAAUAGCUUUAGGUAAUGUUGUGCAGGUAUUUCUAGAUUCUAUUUCACAUUUUACUUAACUUUUUGCUGACUUACUUAACUUCUUAGCUUUAUUUCUUUAAGAUAGAUUGCCAAUAGUGUCUUUAGCUCUAGAUUUGAGUAGAUGUAGCUCUAGCAGUAGUUUUUGCAGUUAGUUCAGUCUAAAUAAGCAGGUUUUGCAUGAUAGAGAGUAGCAAUUCCAUUUUUUACAAAUCUUUAACCCUGGAGAGUUUUGGGCCAAUUUUUUCUUUCUAGUGUGAAUGCAUGCAUGUAUAGUCAUAGUUCUGAUUUUGUAUUAAUUCUCUUUGAUGUGCUUGAUCUUGGUAGAACUUAAGAAAUGAUCUAGGCCUUCUUUCUUCUUCCCAUUCACAUUUCUUUCCAUUGUACCCUCAUUUGAGCCUUAGCCUUUUUCUUUGCUUUCCAUCCAUUAUAAACCAUUUCCCCCGUCAAUAAACAACCUUGAGAGAUGUGUGAGAAGUAAGGAGAAUUUAGAACUCAGAAAGCAGAAAAGAGUAAGGUCAGAGGUGAGAUUGAAAAGAAAAGAGCUCUAAAAAGAAAAAAAUCUAAUCUGAAAAAUAGAAGAAAAA